AUGUCGAACCAGGCAGUCGGUAGCGUCUACAAGGCUAUUAUUGACGAAGUUGUCAACAGCUCGCGAGUUGAUUUCGAAGAGAGCGGCGUUGAAGAGUCGGUGCUGGAGGAGUUACGACAGGGAUGGCAGCAAAAGCUCACCCAACUUGAUGUCGCCGGGUUUCCUUGGGAUCCCAAGCCCGACCCUCCUCCCGCACAAGCACCACCGCCUGCUAUGGCAGCCGCGCAAACUCAUGCCCAGGCUCAAUUUUCACCUCAUCCUAGCAACCCGACAGGUCUUUCUCUGCCAGGGAUGGCCCAGCCCCAGGUUCAGAAUGGAGUCAAGCCUGAAGGUAGUUAUGUCAAGACCGAGUCUCCCGUGCCUAUCAAGCAAGAGCCCGGUUUGCAGGGCAACCCGAUGGCCUAUCAACAGUACGCCAACCCCAACAUUAACAUGAACGACAAGAACAACGUGGCUGCCAACCGUGCUGCCCAACAACUGCAGGCUCAGUACGGUCAGCGUGCUGCAGGCUCUAUCAAUGCUUUGCACCAGCAACAACAACCACACCCCCAGCAGGGUCAGCAGCAACAACAACAACCAGCUCUACCCCAGCAACAGCAGACACAUCAUCAACAGCAACAGCCUGGCCAACAGCAAAACCUGACCCAGCAACAACAACAUCAACAGCAAAUGUAUCGUCAGCAGAUGGCCGCAGCAACUGCCCAUCAACAACAGCAACACCCCUCUAAUGGCCAACCCCACAUCCAAAACGGCCAGACUGACGGCGCUGGCGACGUGGACGACUACGAGGGUGUGCUGAUGCAACGGGCUGCUUCUGGUGAUUUCCGCGAACUCGGACGGGUUGAGAUCGACCGCAUGCUGCAUGAACAGAUCCUUGCCAAGGCUAAAAGUAUGGAGGGCGGCGGCCUAAUGGUUCCCCUGAAGGAAGCCACUCGACACUCGUCGGCUUCGACAUCACGCAAGGCCAAGGGCAAGCAACCGGCCGCCUUUGAUGGAGGUGAUGACGAUGAAGAAGACGACGACGAUGCUAUCAACUCGGACCUUGAUGAUCCCGAGGAUGAGCACGAUGACGAUGAUGUCGAUGACGACGGGCUUGGCAACAUCAUGCUCUGCAUGUACGACAAGGUCCAGCGUGUCAAGAAUAAGUGGAAGUGUACACUUAAGGAUGGCGUCUUGACGGUUAACGGCAAGGAGUAUGUUUUCCACAAGGCUACAGGCGAGUACGAAUGGUAG